UGAGAUGAGAAACUUUGGUGUCAUCUUUUACUUUUCUCUUUCUCAUAUACUCCAAUCUAGUUCCAUCAAUAAAUCUUUAUACACACACACACACACAACUCUUUCAAAAUAUCAAUUUUUAUCAUCCUGAUUGAAUCUCUUAUCAUCCUUUUGUUAUUUCAGUAGUACUCCUUUUGAUUUUCCUGCUUUUAUUCUUCCUGUCAUUUUACAGACAGAAGAUGGAUCACAUCCCAUUUAUUCGGAGCACAAUCCAGAGCCUUUAUGAUGACCUAUAAAACUUUGUAUCAUUUGUUCUAUUACUACCUCUCUUACAUACUACCACUGUUCCUUUUGCUCUCUUUUAUAGCUUUGUUGGCCUUCUUGGUAUUGUUUUUGAACACACUAAGCAUACUCAUAUCUCUAGGCUUUUGUUGCUGUUCUUCUGUCUGGAACAUUCUCCCCUAGAUAUGCACCUGGGUUUACUUCCUCAUCUCUUUUUGGACUGUAACCAAAUGUCUCCAGUUAAACUUUCUCUGUCUACUCUAUUUUGGUAGUAUUCCCUUAUGUCAGCAUUUCCUGUGUUCUUCCUUGCCUUUUUUUCUUUUUUUAAACCCUCUAGCAUUUAUCACCGUCUGAAAAAAACAUAUAAAUUAGCUAUCUAUUUAUUUAUGAUUUAUCUUUUUACUCCUAGAAAGUAAAUUUUACUAGGGCAAGUGUAUCUUUCAGUUUUGUUUACUGCUAUGUACACAACCUUGUAAAAUAAUGAGCACUUGACAAAUUCUUAAUACUUGUCUGAGUCCCUAGGAGGGGGAUGAAAUGUUCAACUGUAUUAUCAGCCUUUAUAAUAGAGAGGAUAAGCCAGAUCUCUUUCAUCUAUAUAAUAGAAACAGCAAAUUGCAGAAAAGUAUGCAUCAUAUGAUUGUAAUUGUGGCAAAUUCUCUUUAUGAAUACACAAACAUCUGUGCCUAUCUACAUGUACUGUCAUGGUAUCAUUUCUAUUUUUUGUUUUUGGUAGUACUGGGGAUCAAACUCAAGGCUUCAAGCAUAUUUGAAAAGUGCUUUACCACUGAGCUAUAAGCUCAGCCCCUUAGAAUUUUAGAUCUAGUAGUGGAAUAUGGCUGAAGAGAUGAAGGCUAGCGGAAGAUAAGUUUUGUUUUGUUUGAUUUUUUUUUAGAAAAACCAUAUGAGUGUAUGGUAAUUUCUGUAUAGUAAUAAAGAAACUAGUUACUUUCCCCCUUGGAGGACUGUAGAGAAAGAAAUUCAUGUUAAUCUCUUGCAGUAAAACUCAAAAGUUGUAAACUAACUUUUUAUUUAUUUCAUUGGAUUUUUUAGUUUCCUCACAUAUAAAUGAUUAGAUAAAGCGUUUGUCUUGCAUAUAUAUGUUCAUAUAUAAAUCCAUAUGUCUCAUGGAUUUGUCCUUCAUAAUGUUAGAUUUAUUUUAUUUUGUGCUCCUUACUUAAGAGUUUACAUGUCAGUUGUUUUAUUUUUUUUUUUAAUUAUUUGGUAUACAUUGAGGAACUGCUGCUUACAAAGCAGAUAGAUUUUUUUUUUUAAACUGCAUCUUUUUUCCCUCAUGUGAAAAUUUAGCCAAGCUCUUACGUUGUUCUGGGAUAAUACUGAUAAACUCAAUUAGAUAGAAUGUUUCAUUUUUUAAAAAACGAUGUUUAAGGAUUAAGAAUAUAGCUUAUGGGUAGAGUGCCUGCUUAGCAUGUGUGGGGCCCUGGAUUUAGUCCCUAAUACUACCAAAAAGAAUAAAAACAAGAAUUUUAUUAGGCCUAUUUUAUUAUACCAAAAUGAAAUUUCAGAAAUAAUAAAUAAAUUUUUUAAAAACAAAUAUGAUGCCCUGAUUUUAAUAAGUCAGAGAAAAGUGAUCAGUACAGAAUUAUUCAAGAAAGGCAGCAUUUUAAAGACAUAAGUUAGAUACUUGCACUUACUAUAAAAGAAUCAGUGUCAACGUUGUAAUCAUGCAUAUGAAGUCAUACAAGUAUGUUAUUACUUAUGUAUGUUAUUAUUAUGUGAUUUAAGUACCAUUGGGGAACAGAAAAAUAUCCCUUGUAAGUAUAGGAUAAGGAAAGAACAGAGAGAACCAAGUGGGCACUAGAGUAAUUUUAAAUGAUAAUGCUAGAAAGAGCAAUAACAAAUCAGAAUAAUUUAUAUGUGAUAGAUAGAAAGAGGAAAUAAUGUUAAAUAAAAUAGGAAUAAACACACCAUGGCAAAUUAUAGUCUAUUAUGUAGAGAAAAUUGAAGUAUUCUCAUAAUAAAUUGGUCUUAUUUUUAAGGAUAAUAUAAAAUUUUUUCAUGUUAGAAUGGAGUGGUGAAAAAAAUCAUAGAAAACGUACCUUCCAUCAUGAAUUUUCAUCAUUAACACUCAUUUCAUUAGUAUAUACUUAAAAAGAUCUUAUAGAGACCUAUCCUUUGCUAGGUUAUGGAAAUUGAAGUAGACUGGGGAAAUAAAUAAAAAUAUAAGCUGCUGUAGAGAAAUUGUGUAGUUAUGUGGUAAAUUUCUGAAGACAGAAUAUGAUUUAAAAAUAACAGGUGAAGGGCUGGGGUUGUGGCUCAGUGGCAGAGCUAUUGCCUAGCAUUUGUGAGGCAGUGGGUUCAAUUCUCAGCACCACAUAAAUAAAUAAAGUAAAGGUCCAUCAACAACUAAAAAAUAUUAAAAAAAAAAAAAAAAAAGACAGGUGAAGAAACAAUGAAUUUUGAAACUGAUUUUGUUACAAAGACUUUUUAUCAUAUAGUGCCACAAUACUAAAAAUAUAAAGCAGUUAUAGGAAAUGUUAUUAAAACUUUUAUUAAUGAUACUCAAUAAAAUCUCUAUACAUCAAGUGCCUACACUAAUGUGUUAGUAUUUUUUUUUUAAUUUUUUUUAUUUUUUAAUUUUCGGCAGACACAACAUCUUUAUUUGUAUGUGGUGCUGAGGAUCGAACCCAGGCCGCACGCAUGGCAGGCGAGCGCGCUACUGCUUGAGCCACAUCCCCAGCCCAUGUGUUGGAUCCUUGGAACAAGCUAUGCUUGAUGCUCUUGUAAUGGAUAGAGUUGCAUUUGUAAAACUUCUUAUUGAAAAUGGAGUAAGCAUGCAUAAAUUCCUUACCAUUCCAAGACUGGAAGAACUUUACAACACUAAACAAGGUCCAACCAAUCCAAUGCUAUUUCACCUUGUUCGAGAUGUCAAACAGGGAAAUCUUCCUCCAGGAUAUAAGAUCACUCUAAUUGAUAUAGGACUUGUUAUUGAAUAUCUCAUGGGAGGAACCUACAGAUGCACCUAUACUCGGAAACGUUUUCGGUUAAUAUAUAAUAGUCUUGGUGGAAAUAGUCGGAGAUCUGGCCGAAAUACCUCCAGCAGUACUCCUCAAUUGAGAAAGAGUCACGAAUCUUUUGGCAAUAGAGCAGAUAAAAAGGAAAAAACGAGACAUAAUCAUUUCAUUAAAACAGCACAGCCCUAUAGACCAAAGAUUGAUACAGCUAUGGAAGAAGGAAAGAAAAAAAGAACCAAAGAUGAAAUUGUAGAUAUUGAUGAUCCAGAAACCAAGCGCUUUCCUUAUCCGCUUAAUGAAUUGUUAAUUUGGGCUUGCCUUAUGAAGAGGCAGGUUAUGGCACGGUUUUUAUGGCAGCAUGGUGAAGAAUCAAUGGCUAAAGCAUUAGUUGCCUGUAAAAUCUAUCGUUCAAUGGCCUAUGAAGCAAAGCAGAGUGACCUGGUAGAUGAUACUUCAGAAGAACUGAAACAAUAUUCCAAUGAUUUUGGCCAACUGGCAGUUGAAUUACUAGAGCAAUCCUUCAGACAAGAUGAAACCAUGGCUAUGAAAUUACUCACUUAUGAACUGAAAAACUGGAGUAAUUCAACCUGCCUUAAAUUAGCAGUUUCUUCAAGACUUAGACCUUUUGUAGCUCACACCUGUACACAAAUGUUGUUAUCUGAUAUGUGGAUGGGAAGGCUGAACAUGAGAAAAAAUUCUUGGUACAAGGUGAUAUUAAGCAUUUUAGUUCCACCUGCCAUAUUAAUGCUAGAAUAUAAAACAAAGGCUGAAAUGUCCCAUAUUCCACAAUCUCAAGAUGCUCAUCAGAUGACAAUGGAAGAUAGUGAAAACAACUUUCAAAACAUAACAGAAGAGAUCCCUAUGGAAGUAUUUAAAGAAGUAAGAAUUUUGGACAGUAAUGAAGGAAAGAGUGAAAUGGAGAUGCAUAUAAAAUCAAAAAAGCUUCCAAUCACACGAAAAUUUUAUGCCUUUUAUCAUGCACCAAUUGUAAAGUUCUGGUUUAAUACGUUGGCAUACUUAGGAUUUCUGAUGCUUUAUACAUUUGUAGUUCUUGUACAAAUGGAACGGUUACCUUCAGUUCAAGAAUGGAUUGUUAUUGCUUAUAUUUUUACCUAUGCCAUUGAGAAAGUCCGUGAGAUCUUUAUGUCUGAAGCUGGGAAAAUAAGCCAGAAGAUUAAAGUGUGGUUUAGUGAUUAUUUCAAUAUCAGUGAUACAAUUGCCAUAAUUUCUUUCUUCAUUGGAUUUGGACUAAGAUUUGGAGCCAAGUGGAACUUUGAGAAUGCAUAUGAUAAUCAUGUUUUUGUGGCUGGAAGAUUAAUAUACUGUCUUAAUAUAAUAUUUUGGUAUGUGCGUUUGCUAGAUUUUCUCGCUGUAAAUCAACAGGCAGGACCUUAUGUAAUGAUGAUUGGAAAAAUGGUAGCCAAUAUGUUCUACAUUGUAGUGAUUAUGGCUCUUGUAUUACUUAGUUUUGGUGUUCCUAGAAAGGCAAUACUUUAUCCUCAUGAAGCACCAUCUUGGACUCUUGCUAAAGAUAUAGUUUUUCAUCCAUACUGGAUGAUUUUUGGUGAAGUUUACGCAUACGAAAUAGAUGUGUGUGCAAAUGAUUCCACUAUCACCGAAAUCUGUGGCCCUGGAACAUGGUUGACUCCAUUUCUUCAAGCAGUCUACCUCUUUGUACAGUAUAUCAUUAUGGUGAAUCUUCUUAUUGCAUUUUUCAACAAUGUGUAUUUACAAGUGAAGGCAAUUUCCAAUAUUGUAUGGAAGUAUCAGCGUUAUCAUUUUAUUAUGGCUUAUCAUGAGAAACCAGUUUUGCCUCCUCCACUUAUCAUUCUUAGCCAUGUAGUUUCUCUGUUUUGCUGUGUAUGUAAAAGAAGAAAGAAAGAUAAGACUUCUGAUGGACCAAAACUUUUCUUAACAGAGGAAGAUCAAAAGAAACUUCAUGACUUUGAAGAGCAGUGUGUUGAGAUGUAUUUUAAUGAAAAAGAUGACAAAUUCCAUUCUGGAAGUGAAGAGAGAAUCCGUGUCACUUUUGAAAGAGUGGAGCAGAUGUGCAUUCAGAUUAAAGAAGUUGGAGAUCGAGUCAACUACAUAAAACGAUCAUUACAGUCAUUAGAUUCUCAGAUUGGACAUUUGCAAGAUCUUUCAGCCCUGACAGUUGAUACAUUAAAAACACUCACUGCCCAGAAAGCUUCAGAAGCUAGCAAAGUUCACAACGAGAUCACACGAGAAUUGAGUAUAUCCAAACAUUUGGCUCAGAACCUUAUUGAUGAUGGUCCUGUAAGACCUUCUGUAUGGAAAAAGCACAGUGUUGUAAAUACACUUAGUUCCUCUCUUCCUCAAGGUGAUCUUGAAAGUAAUAAUCCUUUUUUUUGUAAUAUUUUCAUGAAAGAUGCAAAAGAUCCCCAAUGUAACAUGUUUGGUCAAGAUUUACCUGUAAUACCCCAGAGAAAAGAAUUCAAUUUUCCAGAGGCUGGUUCCUCUUGUGGUGCCUUAUUCCCAAGUGCUGUUUCUCCUCCAGAACUGCGACAGAGACGACAUGGGGUAGAAAUUUUAAAACUAUUUAAUAAAAGUCAAAAAUUAGGCAGUUCACCUAAUAGCACACCACGCCUGUCAUCCCCACCAACCAAAUUCUCUGUUAGUACACCGUCCCAGCCAAGUUGCAAAAGCCACUUGGAAACUGUAACCAAAGAUCAAGAAAGUAUUUGCUUUAAAGCUGCAGAAGGAGAUAGUAUAGAAUUUGGAGCAUUUGUAGGGCACAGAGAUAGCAUGGAUUUACAGAGGUUUAAAGAAACAUCAAACAAAAUAAAAGAACUAUUAUCUGAACAGCAGAAUGAUGUUGAAAACACGAUUUUGGAGUAUUCUGAGAUGCCUAAAUAUCAGAAUGAUAUUCCUCCUGGAAACACUUUGAAACCUGUGAGUUCUUUUGCUGGAUUUACGGAAUGUCACAAGGCUAACAUUUCUCUUCAUUCAGAAAAAGCAGAAAGCAGUGGUAGAAGACCAUCUACAGAAGAUACUCAGGAUGUAGAUUCCAAAGCAGCUUUACUACCGGAUUGGUUACAAGAUAGGCCAUCAAACAGAGAAAUGCCAUCUGAGGAAGGAACAUUAAAUGGUCUUGCAUCUCCAUUUAAGCCUGUCAUGGAUACAAAUUAUUAUUAUUCAGCUGUGGAAAGAAAUAACUUGAUGAGAUUAUCCCAGAGCAUUCCAUUCACACCUGUGCCUCCAAGAGGUGAGCCUGUCACGGUGUACCGAUUGGAAGAGAGUUCACCCAGCAUAUUAAAUAACAGCAUGUCUUCUUGGUCACAACUAGGCCUCUGUGCCAAAAUAGAGUUUUUAAGUAAAGAGGAGAUGGGAGGAGGUUUACGAAGAGCUGUUAAAGUUCAGUGUACCUGGUCAGAACAUGAUAUCCUCAAAUCAGGGCAUCUUUAUAUUAUUAAAUCUUUUCUUCCUGAGGUGGUUAACACAUGGUCAAGUAUUUAUAAAGAGGAUACAGUUCUGCAUCUCUGUCUCAGAGAAAUUCAACAACAGAGAGCAGCACAGAAACUCACAUUUGCCUUCAAUCAAAUGAAACCCAAAUCCAUACCAUAUUCUCCAAGGUUCCUUGAAGUUUUCCUGCUGUAUUGCCAUUCAGCAGGACAGUGGUUUGCUGUGGAAGAAUGUAUGACUGGAGAAUUUAGAAAAUACAACAAUAAUAAUGGCGAUGAGAUUAUUCCAACUAAUACGUUAGAAGAGAUCAUGCUAGCCUUUAGCCAUUGGACUUAUGAAUAUACCAGAGGGGAAUUGCUGGUACUUGAUUUACAAGGUGUGGGUGAAAAUUUGACUGACCCAUCUGUGAUAAAAGCAGAAGAAAAGAGAUCCUGUGAUAUGGUUUUUGGCCCAGCGAAUCUAGGAGAAGAUGCAAUUAAAAACUUUAGAGCAAAACAUCACUGUAAUUCUUGCUGUAGAAAGCUUAAACUUCCAGAUCUGAAGAGGAAUGACUAUACACCUGAUAAGAUUAUAUUUCCUCAGGAAGAACCUUCAGAUUUGAAUCUUCAGCCUGGAAAUUCCACCAAAGAAUCAGAAUCAACUAAUUCUGUUCGUUUGAUGUUAUAAUAUUACUGAAUCAUUGGUUUUGCCUAACUUCCCUCAAUGUUACUAUGUCACUUUCCUUCAGGAAGAAAUUGUUAAUAUAGAAAAGGUGUGUGCAAGUUGAAUUUGUUGACCCCAGCACAGUUUAAAGGUCAAUAUUCUUUUGACCUAAUUAGUCAAUUAGAAACUCCCUAUAGGAUUCAGUGGACAGCUGAAGAAAUUUUAAAGGUAAUGGAAAAUUAGUAUUUAAAAAUUUUGAAGGGCUCUUAAGCAGAGGGUGUCAUUUUACUUAGUUCUGAUGAGGGUGAUGAUUCCCUCUUAUGUGGUGCAAUACCAUUAACCAAAGUUAGGUGUCUGUGCACAUUUUAUUGGCAGCUGGUUUAUUGCCAUUCAGCUAGAGAAAUGAAGAAAACACUUAGCCUUUGGUUAAAUGGCAGUCAGAAGUCUUCCUCGCUGUGUUCAGUGAUGUCACUAACUCUCUACUAGAUGCUUGUUGGACAUGAAAAAGGUGACUUCUAAUUCUAGGUUCAUGGAAAUAUAAAGAGCCUCAGCUGAAGACCAUUUUCUAAGAAAGACUUUAUUUAUGAAUCAGGGUUAGGCUCCUUAUUUAAAGAUAGAGCCAUUUUUUUGUUAGAGCCCAAUUGUGCAAAAGUAUUAGUUUUUUGUUUUGUUUUGUUUUGUUUUGUUUUUUAACAUUGUCUUAUCAAGCCACUGUUAAGCAGAAGAAAGCCAUGGUAAAAGGAGAUAUUUAACUCGCUCUUCAAGGGAAUGAGAAAAGUUACUUUUUCCCUAUCUGUGUCUGUAGUGGAAGUUACAUACUUCCCCAAAGAUGUUAUUGACCAGUAUAUCAAAUCAGAAUGUAAAAGUGAGCUCUUGCUUUUAUUUAAAAUUAUGUGGGAACAUCUGAACAUGAAUGUUGUUUGUGGUACUUAUUUAAGAGAUUAAAUGAAUUGGAUCGUCAUUAUGUGAUGUCGGGAGAUUGCAAUGCAACUAUGCCAAUAAAAUGUAAUUUAACUGCCCCAGAUAUUUUUGAAUAUUCAGCGACAACAAGAAAAGCUUUUCAUCUAAAGUUUUAUGCUUUGAUUUUUCCCCCCUUUUUUUUUUUUUUCUUGUUGUUUCCUAGGUACUAGUUUUAAUUAUUAUUUGGAAGGAAGCAAUGUAAAGCUUAUUUGUAUUCAGUAGUGUAUCUCAUAGAUACAGACAAGGCAAGCAGAGAUAAGCUGUUUAAAUAGUGUUUAAUAUUGAUGGGGGGGGAGAAAGAAAAAGUGUAUUACUUAAAAGAUAUUAUACUAUAUACAUUUUGUAUAUCAUUAAAUCUUUAAAAGAAAUUAAAUAAAUUUAUUCUUGUUUACA